CUUCCAUGAGAAAAUUUUGCUUCAACUUUAUAGCUUUCACUGCAUUUAUUGUCGGCGCAUCUCCAUUAUUUCUGAAACUUUAUUUUAUCCAGAAACGCCAAGGAAAGGGACGAUGUUACAAAUUAUGCUGCAUAAUUUGGUGGAUUUGCUCUAUCAGUGCUGCAUUUUGGUUCACGACAAUGUCCAUCGACACGAUUUAUGCAGAUUGGGACUCCACCCAGAGACUGGUGGCGAAUUUGGCCACCCAUCCAAGAAUUCGGCGUGUAUUUGUACCACAAAUUGGACUCACAUGACCAUCUCGGAUUGCACCUGGAACAGUGUGACCACAAAUUCUUCAAAUUGAGCUACAUUAUCGCUGGGAUUAUAACAUUUUUCAAUAUUCGGAUGGAGUUUAAAGCAGACUGGGAAUAUUUUGAUGUGCACCCUCCGCAAGAAAUAUUUGAAACCCAUCCACUAAAAUCCUUCUCAAAUUUGAAGAUUAUUCAGCAUAUCGCCUCAUACGGUCACGACAUUUCGCAAGUUAUCCUUCUAAACUUAGGUUACAUAUUUUGCCUCUAUUCUUGUCACCGAAUCUACCUCCAGAUCGGAGUUAUCACUCAAGUUCUCAUCACGGACGAAGGCUUUUCUUUCGAUUCCUUGAACUCUUUGAGUUCCAUUUUCUCACCAAAUUUCGAAUCUUUGUGUCGGCAGUUGACAAAAAUGCAAGCGUAUGUGGACACUUCUCUGGGAUGGUUUGUCCUCAUCGCAAUUCCGAGCUCCAUUCUCAUCCCGAUGAUUCAGCUGUACAAGGUCCUAGUCGGAUUUGACACGGAUUUGUACUAUUCGCAGUGGGAGGCUGGUAGUGAUACGAUGGUUUAUUUGGUCAGAAUCUGGACGUUGGCCACGUUCGGAUAUCUCAUCCAUUCUCAGAUGGAAGAAAGUUAUAAAGAAAUGCGAAGAAGCAUAGUUUUCAAUGAAAGAAUGGCCAAAUCUAAAUUGUCAAUGUUUGGGGAUCCAAUUGCAGCUCGGAAAUGCAGAAUACUUGACACCAUCAUCAACUGGAAGUGGAGAUUGACAGCUGCAAAGUUUUUUGUAAUUGACAGGCACUUACUGGCCCCCAUUAUUUCAACCACGUUAACCAACAUGAUUGUCCUCUUCGAAAUUAAGGAUAUUAUUCUCAUCAACCCAACAAAUAAUGUCACUACGAAUUCAAACAGCACUACUGAACCUUCCAAUUUUUCAGUUUAAUAAUAAAAAAACUAUAAAAUGAAAUGAGAAUUAUAACCCUUCUCACUAUUACCAGCGCAGU